CCUGGAAAAUCCCAUGGACAGAAGAGGCUGGCGGGCUGUACAGUCCAUGGGGUCACAAAAAGAGUUGGACACGACUGAGUGACUAACACACACUAUCUUUCUAGUCUCAUGAAUCUAGCUUUCCUUUGACCUCCUCCCUCUAGUCCACAAUAAUCCACUGAUAAUUGCUUCAAAAUCCCUAAUGGCAACUUCUUUAACCUAUCACCUUAUUUUCAGCUCAUUUCCUCCCUCUUCCUCACUGUCUUUCCUUUUAAUCCUCACCACAGAUUCAGCUUCAACUAUUACCACUAGGUUGCUGCCUUCCAAAUUGAUACUACAAGCUAUGACUUUUCUUGUGUUAUCAAUGUGAAUAUUCAUCUAAUCUGCUAGAAAUCUCAGUCAACUGAUCAGUAGUUAUUGAGCACCUACUAUGUGCUGGGUCCUAAGGAUAAAGCAGUGAAAAGAGCAUAUAUGUUCCCUGUCUUCAUGGAGCUCAUGAACUCUAUAGGAGUGCCCCACUCGAAAGAUCAGCAGAUAGCCUGCGUGGCCAGAGACAUGGAUCAUGUCUUCACUGUGAGCCAUUCAGUGGCGGAAAUGAAAUCAACCAAUCCUUCAUUUUAUAAUUAGGAAGCCGAUGUUCACAGAACAAAUGUGCAUUGAAUGUUUAUGGUGUGAAGGCACUAUUUUAGAUGAUGGAGAGACAGAAAUGAACAAAGCAGAUAAGAUCUUUAAUUUCCUGGAACUUAAUAAAUUCCAGUACAUGAGACAUUGCGCUUUUUCACUCAUUCACAAAAUGACAGGUAUAUAUGUGAAUUAGGCACACAUUGGCCUUAGUUUUCGAACUACGAAUAAUAUUUUCUAGGUACUGUUAAUAAGAAAUAAACUUGGGUGUUACUUCUUAACCUUUUAUACAAGAAUUUCUGAAGAUGGAGUUACAUUUACUUAGUAAAAGGUCAUCUUCAUCUAGUAAAGGGUAAUUUUCAUUUUAUGCUUUCUUUCUUUGUAUGGUUGCAGCUUUUGUUAAUGGCUGUUUAGAUCAUAGGUUGCCCAUCGUGUGGUGUCAGUACUUCUCUGGUGUCAGCGUUUCUCCAAGGAAGAGAAUGGGUAAUAGAUCUCAGUAGCUUCUUUCAGAAAUACAACUUAACUCAGUUAGUUAUUCCUAUGAAAAUGCUGUGUAAAAAAAAAAAGAAAACCCCAAACUCAGUAGCUUAAAAUAAUAGCCACUUAAGUGCAUGAAUCAGCAGGGUCAGCAAGGAUGGCUCUGCAAAUGCUGGGUAGCUGCAUGCCCCAGUUUGCUCUACAUGCCCUUCAACCUCCUUGGAGAAGUGGACUUUGCUGGGGUGUGUUCUCCUCAUGGGGAUGACACAGGACAUUCAUAAAGUUCAAAGGACAAGGAAGCGGGGCCUUCCACUCCCAGUGAAGCAAAGACAAAGGUGGCGAUACUAGAAGAAUGAGAAUUGGAACCAACAAUCAAGCUGUCAUAAUGAUUCUAUGAUUUCCUAUGGCAGAAUAACAGAUCGAUAGAAAUAGAUGAGAAACUAUACUGUUCACCCAUUUAUUUUGCCAUGUUGAAGGCACUAGCUCCUUGUUUUGAAAGAAGGUCAUUUUGGAAGUUCUAUAUAGAGCAAUUUUAAAAUUGGUGGGCUAAAUAUGUAUCAUCUCUAAAGUGGUUUUCUUAAAAUUGUGAUUAGUAACAUUAUUGAGGUACAAACCCCACUCAGCUAAAAAAGUGAAAUUGAAUAGAAUAUUAGAGUGAAUUGAAUGAGGUAAGGGUAUUUUUAAUGACAGCAUUGCUUCUGUUAUGAAUGCAUACUUAUAUAUAUAUUGAGUCAUGAGCUAAAAUGCAUUUUUCCUACCAUUAUUUAAAACUCAAAUUAUUUUCUAGUUAUGUUAUCAGAUCUAAAAACAAUCUAAUCUUUAAAAACAGCCCUUUAUCAAGUACAAGUCAUCUAUUUUGAAAGUGGGGGGUUUUGUUUUUGCUUUUUAGUGCUAGUUAUCUCCUUUGUACAGAUGCCUAAUACAGGAGUAUUUUUUUCUUUCAAAUCAAUCAACAAUUAAGGCAGUCUUAAUGGACAUUUGUUUUCAUUUAUAUGCUGUUAACACCCACGACUGUGGUUCCUGGUGGCUCAUGCUUGAGAUACUUUUUAAAGUAACAGUGAUAUUUACCUUCUCUAUUUAAUUUGCUCACUGCUAGCUUCCUGGUGCUCAUUUAGAAUAAACACACCUCUCACCUAUUUUUCUCAAUAGUAUACUGUUACCUGUUUCAGAAAGAUUUAUUAUCAGCUUAUCUUUUCCAGAUGUUAAUAUGUGCGUUAUUCUUCUGCAUUAACUGUAGUCCAUCAUUGAUCAACAGUGGCUCAAGCCAGCAGCAGGUGUACAGGACACGAGUGAGGAUGGCCUCCUCCCAAAGGUAGUGCUUCUGCUUAGCCACUUGCUCUGUGACCCUUUCCUGAGAAGGUUUCUGGGAUAUAUAUAUAUGGAAGUAAGAGAAGGAACUCUAACCUGAUCAUGGAUUUCGAAGAGAGACUCCUCAAAGCACUAAGGAAAAGAUAACAACCAGUGCAUUGUCCUAAGAAAUGAUGUCCCUUUGCCACAAUAAAAUUAAUAUUUCCUGUGUGAAAAGCAGCUGGUCAAAUGACAUCCGGGCUUCCCUGUACAGUUUAAUGGUGCUCAUAAUUCUGACCACAGUGGUUGGCAAUCUGCUAGUUAUUAUUUCCAUAUCACACUUCAAGCAACUGCAUACCCUAAAUAAUUGGCUCAUUCAGUCCAUGGCUACUGUGGACUUUCUUCUGGGGUGCCUGGUCAUGCCUUAUAGCAUGGUGAGAUCCAUUGAGCACUGCUGGUCUUUUGGAGAAGUCUUCUGUAAAAUUCACACCAGCACUGACAUUAUGCUGAGUUCAGCAUCCAUUUUUCACUUGUCCUUCAUUUCCAUUGACCGCUACUAUGCUGUGUGUGACCCACUGAGAUACAAAACCAAGAUCAACAUCUUGGUUAUUUCUCUGAUGAUCUUCAUUAGUUGGAGUAUUCCUGCUCUUUUUGCAUUUGGGAUGAUCUUUCUGGAGCUAAACUUCAAAGGAGCUGAAGAGAUGUAUUAUAAACACAGUCACUGCAUAGGGAGUUGCUCUGUCUUCUUCAGCAAAACAUCUGGGGUUCUGGCCUUUAUGACUUCUUUCUAUAUACCUGGCUCUAUUAUGCUGUGCAUCUAUUGUAGAAUAUAUUUCAUAGCAAAAGGCCAGGCAAGAUCAAUUCAUGAUGCAAAGCAGAAGGUUCAAAUUGGGUUGGAAGAGAGAAAUGGAAUUUCACGAAGCAGAGGAAGGAAAGCUGCGAAGACUUUAGGGAUUGUGAUGGGAGUUUUCUUAACAUGCUGGUGUCCUUUCUUUGUCUGCAUGGUCAUGGACCCUUUCCUGGACUAUACUAUCCCACCUACUUUGAACGAUGCAUUGAUUUGGUUUGGCUAUUUGAAUUCUACUUUUAAUCCAAUGAUUUAUGCAUUUUUCUACCCCUGGUUCAGAAGAGCACUAAAGAUAAUUCUAGUUGGUAAAAUUUUCCAAAAAGAUUCAUCUAGGAGCAAAUUAUUUUCAGAAUAAAUCCAUAGAAUUAUUAUGAUUUCAGUCAGUCAGUUCAGUCACUCAGUUAUGUCCGACUC